GGGACAUUCCACCUACUAUUGUUGGCACAUCUGGUGCAUCGACACAAAGCAGAAAUGUCACAGAAAUUGUUGAAAAUGCCCCUAGCUUGCAAAAGGAACAAUCAAUAUCCAGUGGUAAAUUAGAUUUCAAAAUUUGGGUAAAAUACAGUGACAGCCAGCCAGUUCGGAUUCUUUUUGAAGGAGAGAUUGUGGACGACUUGAAAGAAGCGGUCAAGAAGAAACUGUCACCUGACUUAGACGAUGUGGCCCUUAACCGUAUUACUAUAAGAAGAUACGGUGAAGAAGACGACUUGCGUCCCGGGUUAGUGGUGGAUGAAAGUUUUAUAAAUGAUGAUCAAACACCUUUACAAGUUGUUGUAAAUGCACCUAAGCCAGGAGAUUUAGAGAAGAUUGUGGAAAUUGCAGUAGAGAAAGCAUUGUCUCGACAAAAAUCUCCUGAGAUGAUCCAAGCAUCAAAUCGCCAAAUGUCCGAAGUUGAGAAAUGGUUUAAGAAAGCAUUGGAUUUACCAAGAGGUUUUCACAUAAAGGAUGUCUAUACACAAAAUUAUCAAAGAAAUUUACAAACUGCUAACACCAUUUUAACGGGUGGCACUGAUAUUUCUAUUGGACCAAGUGCUACAUCCUGUAUUUGGAUUGAAACUAAGAAAAAUAAAGAAAGUUUUAAAUUGGGCCAAGCCAUCGGAGAAUUAUUAAUAAUGGAUAAUGAGCAUGCCCCAAGACCUAUGUCUGUCUUAACCGACUGCAAUGACAAUUGGAUUAUUUUCUUUUUUUUGGAGACAGAAAACCAGAAACAUUAUUUAGCAUCAUCUACAAUUAAUGAUCGCAGUAUUGCUCUGGCAAUAAUUAAACAAUUCGCACUUGUUGAAGGAAGUACUUAUCUUGAGAUACUUGGAAAAAGUAUUACAUAUCAAACAAAUUUACCCGAACCACUUAAAAAGAGAGCAAAGUUUCUUCCACCUAUACCCGAAGAGGAUGAUGAAAGAAUGAGCGACAUAAUUGAUGAUAUGACGGAAAAAGAAUUACGUAACAUGACAAUGCGCAAGAGACUAAGAUUAGCGAAAAGUAUCGUUAGAAUAGAGGAACAACCAAUUAUAGAUCAACUUAUUGGACAAUUUAGUGACGAUUAUGAAUCAUCAAUGUACGUGUAG